GUUUCUUGAAGUUGCGGAGUAAAUGACGGGAAAUAAAUUCUGUUUGGCUACUGAUUGUUUAAUAAUGAAUAAAAAUAUAGUGGAAUGAUGACAAGCAAUACAAUAUUGGAGAAAAUAAAAGACUUAAGUGCUAAUGACAAGAAAAUAUGGUUCGUCUUGUUUCAUUGGAAGCAUUUUUGUGAUUGACGUCGAUGGGAUGAGUCACAUACGCCCUUGUGGCAGUACCGUGUGAUCGCGUUUGGUCAAUUUUUAUCGAAAAUAGUUGCACAUUUCGUGAGACUUUGAUCCCGUAUUUUUGCGAAUCACAGAAAUUCGGGGGAGAAGUAAUUUGUGGUUAAGUAGAAAAGGUGAAUAUGUUCAAGAGAAAAUUAAAAGCUUUGGAUUAUGAGCAUUGGGAAGAGGUUAAUUGUAAAGACGACGAGCAGCUGAAGAAAUUAGUCGUGUGGUUAGAAGAUGAAAAGGUUCGUCAUUACACUGUUGAAGACAGAAUCCCCCUGCGAGAUAUUCACAAUGGAACAUGGGAUGAGGUGUUCCAGAAGUACUUGAAAGACGUUGAAUGUCCUCUAACAACAUCGAUCCUGGAUCAGCUGGAAUGGCUAGUUGGCCUGGCUGUGCGUCAGGAAUUCGAGGACAAACCCGAGAAGUACCAAAUAAAGAAGGAAACAGGAACAACUGACGCUGAGGUGCCAACUGUAAAGUCAACGAAUCCUCUGGACACCCUGGACUUCAACAGUAAUGAAUUCAAGGAGGGCGUGCAGUCAAUAGCGAAAUUAUUGAACAUAGCACAGCAUCCGAAUCACUUGACGACCCUGGAGGCCUGCAGCAAAUAUGUGACAUCACGUUUGAACGCCGAGACUCUGAAGAACCCCCGGACGGUGGUCAUAACGGGCACCCCAUUUCCAAUCAUGGAGACAGAGAUGGGCUUCGACAUGGGGGAUAAAGUUCUGAAUAACACAGCCAAAGCCCUGAAUCUCCUGUACAUCCAGGACCUCAGGGACCUCCAGACUAGCAUCAACGAAGCCAUAGUAGCUGUCCAGAACAUAACAGCUAAUCCCAAAACCGAUACGAAGGCUGGAAAAGUUGGAGUUUAAUUUCCUAGGAGAGAAAAACACCUGGCGUGACUCCAUUUUCUAUUGCGUAAAAUAGAAUUCCAUCCCCACUUUUGGGGAUUCACGAGGGAAACGUCACGAGAGAAAAUCAAAUACUCUGAAUCCUACGUACAGAAGAGGAUGAAGGCCGAUCUGAACCUGAAUAUAAUCAGAAAACUGUAAAACUCGAGGACAAAAACUGAUGUAGAAUUUGAGAUAAUAAAUAUUUAUUAAAUUUACAA